UCCAUUAUCUAAGCGCCUCGUCAUGGCGGCUCAGACCCGGGCUCUGGUGUCGGCUCAGUGGCUGGCAGAUGCUGUCAGAAACAACCUCGUCGGACCAAAGCUCCGUAUUCUGGACUCCUCCUGGUACCUCCCGAAAACCAAGCGGGACCCGAGAGCUGAAUUUGCGCAGAAACACAUACCGGGCGCGUCUUUUUUUGACAUCGACGACUGCUGUGACAAGUCCUCUGCGCUGGACCACAUGCUGCCCACUGCCACCCACUUCUCCCAGUAUGUGGGGGAUCUGGGCAUCGGGAACGACACGCACGUCGUGGUUUAUGACACCAGCGACUUCGGGUCUUUCGGCGCGCCCCGGGUCUGGUGGAUGUUCCGGUUGUUCGGUCACGGUUUGGUGUCGGUGCUGGACGGAGGUAUGAAGAACUGGCUGGCUGGAGGCUUCCCGGUGACAGCUGAGUACUGCAAGCCGGACUUCCGAGAGUUUAAAGCGGAUUUGAAUCAGCCCUGGGUCAAGAGUUAUGAAGACAUGCUGGACAACAUCGCGACCAAGAGGGUCCAGGUGGUGGACGCCAGGUCAGCAGGGAGGUUCAGGGGCGUUGAACCGGAGCCCAGAGACGGUGAGCAGGAUUAG